CUGUAGCAUCCAGAGUGAACAUCAGACCAGCUGACAGCCAAUCAGACUAGCAAAGCUAGGUGGCAUCCGUCACCUCCCAACCAACAGCCACAGUUAUAAGAGUGUCUAAACUGAACGAGGGGCUUUAGGUAAGCAAGAGAACCGCCUUCCUGACGUGCAGCUCUUCUUCUAGACGACCGGAACUUGUUUUUAAAAGACGCUACAGGCCAAAACCUUAAACAUGACUGGUACAGAAAAGACAGAUUGUUACUCGGACAGGCAGCGCAAACCCGAGAAGGACGAAACAACGUGGGUAGAUGAUGCUUUUGAUGAAUCCUACACAGAGAAAGAUAGCUCGGUGCCUCCAGCGCAGAUCGUAUGGAGAAAUGUUGUGCUGAUGACUAUACUGCACGUCGGAGCUGUUUACGGACUGACCAUGGUUCCUUCUGCUAAACCUUUAACACUGUUAUGGGCCUGCCUGUGUUUCCUAAUUAGUGCCUUGGGAGUGACAGCUGGGGUACAUCGGCUCUGGAGCCACCGGUCCUAUAAAGCCAAACUGCCAUUAAGAAUUUUCUUAGCCACUGCAAACUCUAUGGCUUUUCAGAAUGAUAUCUAUGAGUGGUGUAGAGACCAUCGUGUCCACCACAAGUAUUCAGAGACUAAUGCAGACCCACAUAAUGCCAGAAGAGGCUUCUUCUUUUCUCAUAUUGGCUGGCUGUUGGUACGUAAGCACCCAGAAGUCAUUAAGAAGGGGAGCAAACUGGAUCUCAGUGACCUGAAGGCAGAUGGUGUCGUUAUGUUCCAGAGGAGGCAUUAUAAGUUGUCUAUACUGGUGAUGUGCUUCCUUGUUCCAACACUGGUGCCAUGGUACUUCUGGGGUGAAAGCCUGUGGGUGGCUUACUUCAUACCAGGCCUGCUAAGAUACGCUUUGGUCCUUAAUGCCUCCUGGCUGGUUAACAGUGCUGCCCACAUGUGGGGCAUGAGGCCCUUUGACCGCAACAUCAAUCCCAGAGAGAAUACAUUUGUUGCCUUAACUGCUAUUGGGGAAGGCUUCCAUAACUACCAUCACACAUUUCCAUAUGACUAUGCUACCAGUGAGUAUGGUAGUGUGCUGAACAUCACCAAGAUGUUUAUUGAUUUCAUGUUCUACAUUGGCCUUGCCCAAGGCCUCAAGAAGCCAUCUCAUGAAACGAUCAUUGCUCGGGUUCAACGCACUGGUGAUGGCAGUCACAAAAGUGGCUAAGUAAUUUCUAACAUUUUACAAGCCAAAAUGUGUCAUGGGAAGCUAAACCAAUAUAUAAAUAUAUUUGUGCAGCAAAGUGUGCAGCAAAGGUCCUAGUACUGUCUCCAACUUUACAGUGAAUUAAGAAUUCCUGUCUUGAUUACACAGACUAAGGACCACAGUUUAAUUUUUUGGCUUAAUUUAUUAUGAAACUAUGUGUACUUUUAGCACUGGAAAGUUUAAUUUGGAAACAUGAUUUGCUCUAACUCUAAGGUCCUGUAACAGUAUUGCUUAGCAGCACAUUGAGCUAAAUCUAAUCAAUAUCACUGUUUGUUUAGAACGUAAAAUCUACCUUGAAAUAAUUCUGCUAAACUAUGCAAGCUAUACAGUUACAGCUUAUUAUAUAAUAUACCAUAUGUGCUAUUAACCCCUUUGGCACUUUUGGUUUACGUUCAAGUCGUCAUAAAGUGAUAAAAGUAAAAGAAGUGACAGAAUGGAUACAAGAAGCAUAUAAAAGUUUUUUUCUGAGCACUGAUACUGCUGAGUUGCACACUGACGUAUUUUAUUGUAAAUUCAGAAAAUUCCAGAUUUUAUUUUAAAUAUGGACAACUACUAUGCUGGCCUUCAGAUUUCAAUUUAUAUAAACACAAAUGCUGUAUAAUUUUCAAUUUAUUGUUAAUAAUUUAACAAUGUUUACCUAAACUGGAUACAAAAAAAAAUCUGAUUUUGACAACAAUGCUUGAAAAAAAAAAAA